AACCUGAGCCACAUCGAUCCACACCAUCAGUCAGAUCAGCGGCAAGCUUUUUAAAAGAACCCUGCCUCAUUCUCCGCCUCUUUCUCCAUCCUCUGCUGACUAUAAUUGACCCUGAUGGUGCUCUGCUUGGUCAUGGACUCCAGGGAGGAUGGAGAUGCCUGGAUGGAGGAGCAGUGGGAGAAAUGGCUAACUCAUGACAUGAGCCUGGAUGAGUAUGAAGAUGACGACCUGUCAGAGGUGACAGAGAUCACAGAUGAGAACGACGGCCAUCUGAACUGCAGUGAUUGUGACCUUCAGGAACACAUGAUCCGUCCAGCCAAUGGAAGCCGGGAUUUGGGCCGGAGGAGGGGGGCUGUGGAGCUGCAGAAGGAGAUGCUUCAGCUGGACCUGAUAGACGCUGAGGGAGGCACCCAGGAAGAAGGAGGAGAAGACGAAGAAGAAGAGGGGGAGGAGGAGGAGGAGGAGGUGGAGAGGCCUCUGCUGCUCAUCGAUGAGCACCAAGUGGAAGAGCGAUCGCUGAUCGCUGCCAUGGAUACAUAUCGGCCAAAGAGACCCACCACCCUUAAUCUGUUCCCGCAGGUGCCAAGGACUCAGGACACCAUAAAUAAUAACUCGUUUGGUGAGAAAGACAGAAGGAAAGAGAAGAAGACCCAUUCAUCUUCACCUCACAUAAAAGGGGCCCAGCCGCCCGCUGUUGAGCAUGUUACCCCAAGAGACGGGGACAAGGUCCAAGCCACCAGCCGAGUGGACGCUAAGCCAUGUGUGGCUGCUUCUAUGAAACAUAAAGCACCAGUGACUAACUGCAAGAAGCAGGAGAAAACUUCUGACAGUGUGGGCAACAACAUCUGUACAGUCCCUGUGUCCAAUCAUCCAGCCAUGAAGGACACGACCAGGGACGGGAAUUCAACUGGGACUAUCAGCAAAGAGAAAGCCCACUAUAACUCGGUAAAUGGCUGCCAGGACCAUGUUCAGUACCCUGAAGAAAAUGGGUACACACACCACCACUCGGAUAAAAACAAGGACAGGAGUAAGGAGACAAGGCGGGACAUCCAGCUGACGCCGGUUGGUGCUGAGCUGGAGAGACCUUUCCUCUCGCAGAGCAGUGACAGCAACCGGAUGUCCAUCAGCUCUGAUACCGAACUCCCUCCCCUGCAUUUCCAUUCUGUAGCUGAACGUACCAACCCAUCAAUCAGCGAAGAAGAUGAAGUGUACCCUCCAACACCUCCGUGCAGGACUGAUAGCCUCAGCGAGGCAACAGACUCUGUUUCCAAUGCAAAAGCUGGUGACACAGCAGCAGCGAACGCAGCCGUUAAGGAUGCCUCGGGACUGACAUAUGACUCAGUGAAAUACACACUGGUGGUGGACGAGCACGCAAAGCUCGAGUUGGUUAGUCUAAAGCAGUGUUACCAAGGCUAUGACAGUGACAGUGACAAUACCGUCUACGAGUCAGCUGUCGAUGAGGACGAGGAGGAUCCAGAUGUGGAUGAGGACGAAGAAGAGUCGGGCGCAGGAGGAAUGAACAGGGACACUUCCGGGCUGUCCACAGACUCUGCCACUGACACCACGUCAGACAUGCCUCGCUCACGCAAAUUCCUCAACGUCUUCAUAAACAGACGUCCACGCUUUCACGGUGUGGAAUCCUUUGGUCUCUUCUCCUGCAUUAUCGAUGGUGAGGAGAGAGAGCAGAGCCACAGGGCAGUGUUCAGGUUCAUCCCGAGGCACGCGGACGAGCUGGAGAUGGAGGCAGACGACCCGUUGCUGAUGGAAAUGCAGGCAGAGGAUUUGUGGUGUGAAGCCUACAACAUGCGCACAGGUUCCAGAGGAAUCUUUCCCGCUUUCUACGCAGUUAAAGUCACCAAGGACAGCCAGCCCAAAGAGGUGAAAAGUGACUGGCUGGACACAUUCUGGGUAAAAUUCCUGGGAUCUGUCCAAGUGCCAUAUCAUAAAGGAAAUGAUGUGCUAUGUGCAGCUAUGCAGAAGAUUGCCACAAACAGAAGAACGAUGCAGUUCAAUCCUCCCUCCAUGUGCAUCGUGGAGAUCAACAUCAGAGGAGUGAAGAUCAUUGUUCAGGACGAGUGUGAAAUUUCCGGAAGGGGUGACAAGUACUGUCACUUCUUUCAGCUGAAGAACAUCUCUUUCUGUGGAUGCCAUCCAAAGAACAAAAAGUAUUUUGGACUAAUCACCAAACACCCAGCACACCAGAGGUUUGCCUGCCAUGUGUUCUUCUCAGAAGAACAUGCUUCAUAUCUGGCUGAAUCUGUUGGCAAAGCAUUUCAGCAGUUCUGCAAAGAACACAUGGAGUACUCCUGUCCCACUGAAGACAUCUUCCUCGAAUGACCUUUGCCCUGCUACGUCCUUAUGGACUACCGUAUAUCUUAUUAUCCAAGGUGUUGCAUGAUGGGUCACAAAAAUCUCCUUAACAUGUCAUGCUACAAUGUUUAUGUCUUUUUAGACAACGUGUACAAAUGAAAUAAGACACAACACCUGUGUUUUUAGCUUUUGCAUCCUUUGAAAAGCAAGAAAUAGCCUUCACCAAAACUUUCAACACGCUGAUCCAUAAAAAUCAUAGAUGCACCUGCAAUUCUAUGAUUUUUCAGUGUCCUAUCUUAAAAAUGUCAAAACGGAAAUGGUUUCUGGUUACAUUAGCAAAGGUAAAUGUUGGUACAGUUCUGCUUCAUGCUUUGGUUUAUGUGCACAUUGCGUUGAACAAUGGGAUGUAUGCUAGCAUGCUAGCAAAAAGCAGUAUCCUGGUAAAUGCUAGGAAAAUGUUAGCACGUUAAAAUUCUUCGUGCUAGCUUUUCGAGUUAUCAUGGUGUCAGUCUGCCAACAUAUUAUUUCUCUUGUUUUGGGUGUUGUAUUCAGUGUGCUUCAAUAAUUAAAUCUAUCAAAUUGGGUCCAUGCCUUAAAUGCAUCCAGGUCAUGUCUUAUAGAUCUGUGCAUUUAUGUAGCCUUGGCAACCAAAUGUUUACAUUUUGUUUGGUUCAUACACAGUGUGAAUGACGUAUGCGCCAAAUACAGUGCAGUCCAUAAGAAAUUGGUUACAGGUCCCUAAAACAAGGAAAGUCCUGUGAAGCAUGGUGGUGGUAUAGCUAUAGCUGGAUUUUGUACACUUAAAGCCGAAUAAUUCAGUGGAUGGCAUUUCACUUUGCUUCACUGACCUGAAACACAAUUCCGAAAGAACUGCUGAUUGAUGUUGCCUCCACAGAGCACCAUUAUUUACUUCCGGAAGACAUGACUGAAGUUGAAAAAGUAAAAAAAAAAAAAAAAGCCCCAAAAAAGCAGGAAGUAAUAAUUGCAUUAUAUGCUUAAUUACUGAACAUUAUAUACAGCCAAUUAACAAACGUGAAAAAUCUGAUAGUUCGCGAGAAUUACAUAAAUUACAAAAAAGAUUUUAUUAUUGUAUUAUUCAUUUAAAGUAGUAAAUAAAGGAUUUACAGCACAGUACAAUUCCCCUUUGAAAAAAGACCCAUCAAAAGGAGUCAAAACCUCACGAUUUUUGGUUACUCACGAGGGGUCAGAGUGUAACCCCAACGAGUAACGAGGUUGCACUGUACUUGGAAAUUUCUGAAUUUUAAAAGCAUGUGUUUGUAGAAAAUCUCUGAACUUUCUGCAAGGUCCGAACUCAACAAGGGCAAAAAAUAGCUGCAUUUUUCUUUUUCACAACUACAAUAAAAAGCAUUUCUCAGAAUUCUCAGAAACCUGCCAAACAUACAUUCCUGAUAUUUCCUUAGUAAUUUCCUAUAACCAAAUACCGUAGAUUAGCUUGCUGAAAUAAGCUUUUUAUUCAAUUAGUCCAAGAUGCUAAAAUAUGGUUUAGCUAACUGCUAGCUAUCAUUGUCAGUGAUAUAGUAUCUUGGCUAUGAAUUAAUUUUCAAUUUUGCUCAUAAUUCAUGUUAAAAAAUAAAUAAAUGUACUGUAAUAAUGCCCAGUAACUUAUGAGCUGCACUGUAUGUUAUAAGCAUACGAUAAUUGAGUCACUAAAAUAUAUUCUAAUAGAAGAAUCAUAUUUACACAGAGGGUACUGUACAGUGUUAAAUGUUUUUAAAAAAAAUCCCUCUCACUAUUAUAAAAUAUGGUGACUAUCAUAUUUAUGGAAAAAUUUACUGAGCUUCUGAAGAAAUAGUUUAUUGUAAUCGUACACUUUACACAGGUUUGGGCUCUGAUGAAUCGAACAGGAUGAGCACACAGUAUGUAACAAUUCAAGACGAUGAGUCAACGCCCAGUUUUUAAUAGUCUUUUGGAAUGAACAAACCCUUACCAGCAUGUACUUCAACCUGAACUGAAGCUUAAACACAGAGUAUGCAAUAUAUAACCCGUCGAAUGAGUGAGUGUGUGAAUGGUGUAAAAAGUGUGUAUCCCCUUGACCUUUCAGAUAUCUAUUGUUCAAACCAAAUUAAAACAUUGUAAGGAAGUGGGUUAUGCGAUUUCAGCCCAUUAUGACCACAAAAAUUCUGGCAUUGAAAAAUAUAUGCGAGUGAAAAAACAGCGAUCAUAAAUUUAUGACGUGUCUUCAGAUCAAUCCUGCAAAAACACAGGUUGUGCCUAUUUCUUUUUUUUUUUUUUUUUUUGGUUUGUUGUGUUUAUUGUACACGGUGUAUUUUUAUUUCUCGGAUGAUCUUGACUGUAUUAUGGAAGUCGUAAAAAAUUAAACUUUGGUUUGUAAAUGUGUUGUAAAAGAGUCUGAUUUGUACCCAGAUGAACUGAUUAAAAAAAGAAAAC